AUGAAGUUCGCCACUACUUUGCUCCCCCUCUUGGCCGGUGCAUCGGCCUUUUGCAUCCACAGUCCUGUCAUGCGCCGUGCGGCAGGUGGUCUGGAUGAUGCCAACAAGUUCAACUACACUGGGCUUGGAGGCCCCUUGAACUGGUAUGGCCUUGACGAGGCUAACGAGGCCUGCGCCAAGGGUAAACACCAGUCGCCCAUUGUCAUUGACAGCGCUGCCAUCGACUAUGCUGCAUCGGGCUCCCUCAAGCUCGACCUACCCCUGGCCGACGGCUCCAAGUUGGAGAACCUGGGCUUCGGUCUCCAGGUUACCUUGACCAAUGGCUCACUGACAGCCAACAGCAAGACCUACACUCUGGCUCAGUUCCACUUCCAUACCCCCAGUGAGCACCACGUCAACGAGGAACACUUCCCGAUGGAAGUCCACUUUGUCUUCCAGACCGCCGCCAAGGAAACUGCCGUCGUCGGCUUCUUCUUUCAGCUCUCUGAGGUCGGCGACUCGGUUCCCCUCUUCGACUCUGUUUUCGCUCCCAUCGAUAAUAUCCCCGAUGCCGGCACUUCCACUACGACUGGCCAAUUGGACUUCGGGGGCCUUCUGGAUCACUUCAACCGUCACGGAGUCUACCAGUACACCGGUUCCCUUACCACCCCUCCUUGCACUGAGGAGGUUAUGUGGAACCUCAGCACCGAGCCUCUCCCUCUCACCGUGCAGGGUUACAACAAGGUCAAGAAGAUCAUCAAGUACAACGCGCGCUAUACUCAGAAUGCUCUGGGGCAAGACAAUCUCCUGGAGGUUGCCGCCCAGAAAUUGAACUCAAUUCGGUAA